AUGCUGGGUGCCACGAUUGAAGACCCUUCCGCCACGAAAGCUUCGAUUUUGUCGAGCCCUACUUCUUUUGUGGGGGAAACAGCAAAGAAGCAUUCUCUUUUUUCCAGUCCUUCAGUACUUGAAGUCGGUGGUAGUCUGCAGCAGAAAUCUACCAGUACCCCAUCGCAGAGCUUAAGACCGUCCGUAUCUUCCAAGCGCAGUCUUACAAAUGUCUUGAAGAACAUACUAUCGUCGCCCUCUUCAGAAGCGAGCCAGAACCACACUUCGCCCACAAUACCCGCGACAAAUCGCAAUAGGCUGGCUGUAGCAUCCAUGUCGCUGCCCCAGAGACUGCCCAUACGAUAUCAGACGACCGUUGGGGUUCGACUGCCUGCGGUAAGACUGCCUUCUGUACGGCUGCCUGCAGUAAGACUGCCUUCAGUAAGACUGCCUUCUGUAAGACUGCCUUCUGUACGACUGCCUGCAGUAAGAGGACCUGCCGUACGACUGCCAAUGAAACUUUUCGUUUCAGACUCAAGCAUUCUGAACAUCUCCAACUCUCAAAAAGCGUCGAAUUCUCAUCUAAUACAAUCGCUGCCUACCAAGCUUCCAUCUUCUGACUGCGACACGAAGACCUCACCAAGUAAUAAACUCCAGACGAGAGGCAAUCCCGAUUCUAACAUUCUAGAUUUCAGUAAUUGGUUUUCCGAAAGCGAUGCAAACUCUUCCGUCUUGCGGUCAUCACCACAGCAGAGGAAAAAAGAGCAUAGUGCUAAAGACUUCACCUUUACUUUACUACAUCUGCUGGAUCCUAAACCCAAACGCAAGGGGAAUGUUCGCCCAUCGACUGCAUUAUCAGAUCCAAUCGAAACUGCGUCAUCGUCUCCUUUCAGGCUGGCGGCGCCACUUCCAGCAAAGAGGAGAAAGAUUAAAACAACAGCGCAGGGUCCUACACCCUCUUAUCCCGUUUCAGAUGUACAGUACGACUUGAAGGCUCUAAAUGAAGCCAAUAGGUCCAAUAGAACGAAAGAAGAGUUACUCUCUUCCAUGAUUAUACACGUUCCCGCCGUUCUUUUUGGCGCUGAAUACAUGAAGUUGAAAUUUACAAAAACGAGACUAGAGCUAACAAAUUCACCGAAUAUAUUCUGGAAAAGGUCUGUCUCCUCCACAUACGAUGAAGAUGCAGAUCUUUUCGUCCCUUGCAUGCCUAAAGAGUUAACAGAGAAGAAUUUGAUUAUAUACGUAUCUGCCGAGGAACUCAUCAAUAAAAUGAAUGAAAACAGCAUGGAUUCCUUUCUCGAUGAGUAUAUUGGCAAGUUCAAGGUUUCUGCCUCGACUCCGAAGCCUUCUGUUAUUCUCCUCAUUGAAGGCUACGAUAAAUACGUCUCCAAAUUAAAGGCUACACAAGACCGUUUGUUCAAGGAGCAGGUUAGAAACGAGCUAGCUGGAGAAGACACCAAUGCCAGGAAAAGAAAAUCCAAGAACAAGUCAUCAGAAGGACUUAAUGUGGAAAUACCCCUAAUAGAGAAACGCUUGAACAGAAUCCAAAUCAUGAAAAGUGUAAACAUAUUCUACACCAAGUCCUUUGAAGAUACAGUUGAUUGGUUGCACUCUUUUACGUAUACCAUAGCGUCUUCAUUGUACGAUAACAACAACUAUCGCAUUGGUGCUAAAGUGAAAUCUGGAACUGACACCAAAAGUACCUUUUUGAAGUCUUUGCAGCAGUUCAAAUUUAUAACGGAAGUGAAGGCAGAGAGGGUUUACUCAUUCUACAAGAACUUACAGAGUUUGUAUACUACACUCAAUAAGGAAGGUACCUUGGGGAAAACUAGUGGAGGCUCAAAUGUGGUACCACCGACCACCGAAUUAGCAAUGAAGACCUUUUUUACCUCCACCGAAGAGGACGAAGUGCUCGAAUGA